AUGUUGUUGCCUCUGGUCAUCUCGUCGGUAGCAGCUGGUCUGCUUUCCGUAACCUCUUACUUUCCCUACAAGAACCACCUCAAGCUUCACGGCGACUCGCUCGAUGCAGCCUCGCUAGCCAGCAAUCACCUUCUCAACCUGGAACACUGCCAUCCUGUCUCGACACGUUUGCCCAACGAGCCAGCUGGACCCGUGGAGCCCUCGUUCUGCGAAGAUGUGGUCCUCGACCGUCGCACGAGCAUGGCCUAUCUCAGCUGUGACCCAACGCGACUCACUUGGGAUGCCCGUGCAGGUAUCUAUGAGGACGGCGGAGACAAGCUCGCUCCCGAGCAAGGUACACCGGGCAUCUGGGCCUGGGACACCAGUCGACGUAGCCUCGCCCGCAAGUUGUACAUCUCGACGCCUCCUCCCGAGUAUCCGCUUCAAGCGCCCUCCGAUCUCUUGGAGACGUUCCAUCCUCUUGGUAUCGCGGUGACCGCUUCGAAUCCCUACUUUGUGGAAGAGGUGGACGAGGGUGCGGAACCAAGACCUUCACCGCCGGCUAACCUCGUCGUUGUGGCCAACAAGCCGUAUGCCGACAAGCCAGGUGUGGUCGACAUCUUUGUGCACGACCUCGACAAGGUGGGUGGCAAGGAUCAUGCGACGCUGAGAUGGAUCAAGCGUGUUGAAGGACAGGAGCUUGCCGGCACGCACGUCGACUCGGACAUGCCCUUCAAAGUGGACCCUUUCCGCAUCGCCAUCUUUGCAGAGCAAUACUCUCAACCCAUAGAUCGCGACUAUCCGGAACCUCAGCACGUCAGAGAUAAUCCAGACAUCUUGGCUGGAUUCAAGCACGACGAUGUUGCAUCAAAAGCCGCUCGAACGAUCCGCGUCCCCAGCUUCUUUGUCACAUCCUUGCCAGACCGCAGUAAGGAACCGUCGACUCAUGAGCUAUCGGAGCGCAGCUCUCUUUUUUCGGCAGUAUGGCAGCCGGUAGCGUCCUAUUUGCUCCCGCAGUAUUCGCUCACCAGCGACCCGAUCACGAGCAAACUGUUCAUCCACCAUUCUUCGAUCAACAAGACCCUCUCCGUACGACUCGACGGAAGCGACCCCGAUCAAUGGCAAGGUUUCCCGCCGCUUCUACAAGCUUGGGACGGUGGAGGAAAAGCCGCCGGAUCCAACUCGUCGGCCAUCGCGCUCUUCAUCCCCACGCUCACUGCGGAUUCUGCCAAAGUGCAAGAGUGGGAGCAGCACUGGGUGCGUGGGAUCGCUGGCGGCAUUCGCGAUCAUCGCGUCCUGCAAAAGGCCACCACCCCCGACGGCAGGGCGAACAACGUGCUACAGCUGUACAAGACCUACACGCCAUCCUUUGUCAACUUCUUCGCCAUCGAACACGAAACACCCGUUCGCGCACUCGUCGUCGAUGAACACGGUCGAUCGUGGACCGCGGGCAACCCCAACACGCGAUCGGUAGAGAAAUGGAUCGCAUCGCAACGAGACGAACGACGUCGACGGCUUGGUCUGCCCACUUCAUCCCCGGCUCUGUCCAGCUCAAAACGUCCGCCCAGACCAGCCGCCAAGAUCGAUCAGACCACGUUCGUCUUCCGACACUUUGGCAGCGUCGUUGCGCAUCCGUGGGACAAGGAGAAGCUAAAGCAAAAGAGGAAGAAGGGUGUGUUUUUGCGGAAAGAAUUCCACACUUUCAACGUGUUCAAGAGCCCGGCAGAGACCAAGGCAGAGAUCGAAGGUAGGAGCGAGGAGGAGAUGAGGAAGAGGGGAUGGUUGCCGACGGUGCCGACAGGGCUGGCGGUUGAUAUUCACAAGAAGCUGCUGUAUGUGACUGGUGCGUACGAGGAGAGGGGCUUCGCUGUAUGCGCUCUGCCAGCAGACUGGAUCGAAGCCUGA